AUGCAGCGGCAAGAAAGCACAGAUGGCGAGGCGACAGUCCGCAUCGCCACCCAGAGGGCUCUACCUGCACAUCAAGCGUAUUUGCAGGAUCAUUUGCAGAGAAUGCAUAAUGAGAUUGAGUCGACAACCAGAAAGCUUGAGCUGGAAAAGAGACGUCUCAACAAGCUGGAUGAGGAUGCUGCAAGAAUGAGAUCAGAGUGCACUGAGAAGACUCUCAAGGUACAAAAGGAUGGGCAGGGGGUCCCAUUGAAGAAGCUCGAAAAUCGCUUGGCCAAAGCCAUUGCGCAGCUCAAUUUGCUGGGCCACGAGAAUGCCGAGUGUCGCAAUCGAAUAGAUGUAGUGCGUCGAGAAAGGUUGCAGCUGAUUCAGGUCUUCAAGAAGCUUCAACAAGACAUUAAAGACAACAUGAGUACGGUGUCGCAAAUCCAUCGUGAAAGCGACGCAGCGCGCAGAGAACAAGAGGAGCGCAUGCACAAAAUGGCUGCUCUAAAGAAGCAGGUGGAGGAAGAACGGAAAGCUUUUAAGCGGAGAGUGCAAGAGCUGAAAGUGCAAUACAAAGAGCGUGAGCAGUAUGAGCUGAAAGAAAGAGUAAAGAUGGUCAAGGAGUCUGACAAGAAGGAGGAGUUGGAUGGGAAGGGCAGCAAGACCCGAAGCCUCAAGGCCGAUGAGGAGGAGCACUUCAAUUCAACGCUUGUCAUGCGGCGAAUUUUGAAGCUGGCCUUCUUGAACGCAAUUCAGCGAAGGCAUAUUCGGCAACACCAGAAGAACAUCGAAGUUUUUGAGCAGGCCUUUGCAACAAUCAAAUCAACAACCGGCAUCUCGGACAUUGAGGAAAUUGUGAAGAUUUUCGUAGCUCUCGAGCAACGCAACUUUAGCUUGCUCACUUACGUGAACGCCCUGAAUCGGGAGAUUGAGGCCCUAGACAAGCAGAAUCGCCAGCUGAAGGAACAGCUCGCCAACCAGCAAGAUAUUGAGGCUGAAAGUGAAAAGAAGAGGAUCGCAGCCCUGACAGACUUGAAGUCUCAGAUUGAAAGCACGGCUGCGGCCACAGAAGACAACAAGCUACAGGCAUCACAACAAUCUGAGAUCAUUGACAGGUGCAGGCCCGUUAUCCACUACAUCCUCAAGACAGUCGAGCGAGAAAACCGCGGAUUUGGAGGGCACCCAGCCCCUGAGUUCGGCAGCACAGGCGAGAAUCUGUUCGGCUGGCUCACCUACAUCGAGAAGACCUUGACGCAGUGGAAGGACUUCUUGCCAGACCCGAGGGACAAGGGCCACUUCAAAACGCCGAACAAGAACUACAAGUACACAGUGGGCAAUCAGGUGCUAGCUUUGCAACCGAAGAAGCCAAAUACACAGCCAGUUUCCUUGGUGAAGCCCAGCGAACUUCCAUCGGCAGCCAACUUCUUCCUCGAGCAAGGGCCAAACCAGCGAGCAGCCAUGGCUGGCCGAGAGGAGGACUCUAGCGAUGAUGAAGAGGAGCUCAUGGCUCACCCGCCAAUGCUUCCGUUGCAAAACGCCGGCGGCAUAGAACGAGAAGAUGCUGCUGCAGUUGCUGCAAAGCAGCAUGAACUAGCAGAGUUGCAGAAGUUGCAAGAGAAUGAGAGAAUUGAAGCAGAACGAGAGAAGAAGCGAGCUGCAGAGGAACAAGACCGGCUUCGAAUUGCCCGAAGGGCGGCUGCCGAAAAACUGCGGCUAGAUGCGGAACGAUGGGCGGAGAUACGGCUUGCAGGGCUCAGAGAGGAGCUGCGACAUAUCCGGGCGAUGGCAUCCAACCAGCGAAGGCCUCGGUUGCGAGCUUUGCAGUUGGAGCUGCAUCCUGACAAGCAACCGGAACAGAGACGCUCAGCAGUGCAGCCCUUGUUUUUGCUAGUGCAGAAGGAGUGGGAAUCCCUGCCGGAAGCAGAGCAAUCGGAGCAUGAAAUGCAUGAAAUGUGUGAACGACAUGAAAAAAGCACAAAAUCUCACUCCAAGAAUCGCGCGCCUCAAACUCAGGGCCCGUCCAGCUGGGAAUGGGCUCGGCGCCAGGCCACGGCAUUCAGUGAAGAUGCAAUGAACCAGGGGCCGAAUGCCUCGCGAUCACGGCAUGGCUUUCAAAGAAAUCGCCGACAGCAAGGGCAGGAAGGGGCCACGAACAACUUUUUCAAGCCAGCAGCGGCGACAAACAGCCCAUCCUGCAGUUUCAACGAGCAUGAGGCAACAGCUGACACUGACACGGAUGAUGGUGAAGAUAGAAAUCAAAUCGAGAUGGGAACUCACUGGACACCCGAGCAAGAGGAUGAUGAAGAUACAGGCAUAGUCCCAUUGUUGGCCACGAGGAUUUUCGAGAAUGUAAUGCACGCCUUUAGCUCUAUUCAACUUGCACGUCGAAGCCGUGGUUUGGAUGCAGAAAAGCCUGGUCAUCCUUGGAGAGCAAAGAUGGAUCGAUUGGAAGCAGAGGCUUGGAGGCUUUAUGCAAAAAAAACAGCAAUGUGA